AUGCCAAAUACAACAUUAUUUACUCUUUCUCUCCUCUUCUUCUCUCUUUCACUGCACCUCGCUCUCUCCGCCGCACCGUCUCCGUCUCCGUCACCGUCACCGUCCGUCCACGCUCCCAACCCUGCCCCGGCCAGAUCACCUCUAGGUUCAUCGCCGCCUUCGCCGAGUCCAGACUCCUCUCCGGCGCAUUCUCCGGGAAAUUCUCCGGCGCCAUCUCCGAUGGAAAUUAGCCACGCCGACGAGAAUGACAGAAUAGAAAAUUCUUCAAGAGGAGGAUUGAGCGGGAGCAAGAAGGCAGGAUUAGCAAUCGGAGUUAUCGUGGCAGCGAGCGUAAUAAUUUUGGCGGGAAUGGUGUACAAGAAGCGGAAGCAGAAUAUACGGCGCUCUCAGUACGCAUACGCCGUUCGGAGAGAAUUUCUCUGA